GGCACCCCACCCAGUAUUGCCACCAGAGGUGGGACCAAAAUCAAAAUUACCGCACCCUACAAGCAUAUAUAUCUUGCAGGCAGAGCAGAGCCCGCUGCUCCAUUCAUUGACCUCUCCUCGCAGGUCGCAAGAAAGCAUGGCGCCGGUUAAGGUAUUCGGGUCCGCGGUGUUCGCGAACGCCGCGCGUGUGAUGGCGUGCCUCGAGGAGGUGGGCGUCGAGUACGACGUCGUCGAGGUCGACUACAUGGCCAAGGAGCACAAGGGCCUCGAGCAUCUGGCGAGAAACCCGUUCGGCCAAAUCCCAGCGUUUCAGGAUGGGGACAUCAUGCUCUUCGAGUCCCGAGCAAUCUCAAAGUAUGUGCUCCGAAAAUAUGCCAAGUCAGCCCAAGAUGACCUGCUGCGAGAGGGCAACCCGGAGGAAGCUGCGAUGGUGGAUGUGUGGACAGAAGUGGAGGCACACCACUACCUACCGGCCAUGGCACCCAUCUUCUACGAGUGCGUCGUGUACCCCGCGAGGCUCGGCACCACGCCCAACCAGAAGGUUGUGGACGAGAGUGUCGAGAAGUUCAAGAAGGUGCUCGACGUCUACGAGGUCUGCCUGUCCAAGAGCAAGUACCUCGCCGGGGACUUCUUUAGCUUUGCGGACCUCAACCAUUUCCCCUUUACCUUCCAUAUCAUGGCGACGCCGCACGCGUCGGUCUUCGACUCGUACCCGCACGUCAAGGCGUGGUGGGAGAGAGUUAUGGAGAGGCCGUCGCUGAAGAAGAUCAGCGCCCAUAUGGAGAUCAAGCCCUGAUCGCUCAAGCAAAUAUAGUUAUAGCUGCGUUGCAUGAUCUACUUUGAGUUUUAUUGCAAACCAUUUGGUCCUGUACCUGCAAUAUAACGUUGCUAUUUCCGCCGCUGUAACAACUUGUGCAUCAUUAUUGUCGACUAAUUGUUUUGUUUAACUUGUCA